AACAAUAGAUAUUGUGUUAUCAAUUGAAAAUACUACUGAUUAGGUAUUAUUUCCGUCCUCAAUACAAUACAUGAAAUCUAAAAUGUCCUGUCGUGCAUCGCCUUUGUUCCAAGUUCUGUCCGAUAGAAGUCCAGCACCGGAAUUGUUUACUACUACGUAAUGUUUGACUUUAAGUUUUUGUAAUUAAUUAUUAUCACCAUUACAUCAAUAUUAUCUUACAAAUUCAACAACUGACAAUCAAAGAGUUUACAAUGGUACCUAUUUAUUAUGAUUAAAUGACUUAGACUUUGGAAAUAAAUCUCAUGCGAAAAUCUCAACAUAAAACAAUUUAGUGCUGCUUGUGUCCCAGUAACUCUCGUGAAAUUCUUUACUCAUAUUAGGGAUCUCUCAAUGUUCCGUUUACCUAUCCAGGGUUGCUUAUAAUAUUGUGGACUGAUAAAUACCUAAGUAAAUAUUUGGUAGUGUAAUAAAAUGUGUAGUCUUUUAUUGGAGAUUAGCUGGAUUGGCCACUUCAACGAUCCCCAGCUGAUGCUAAUUUGCCGUCUGCCCAUUCUUUGCUACUGCUUAAUGCACAGUUUUUAAAUUGUCCAUCGCCUUUCACAAACUUGGAGAAAUCUAUUUACAAAAAAAAUCUUUUUUAUCUUUCUUAUGAAUUGCACCAAAACCCACACCCCACAGUCCACGCAUGCGUCCUUAAUUAAGCAUUCCGCUCUCGUCCGGCCUGCGUACGCGCAGCGGCGGUGCCUUUGACUUUAUUCGCCCCGUCCCGUUCUCACAAUACAUCUAUUCAUAUAACUGCCCACCAUAGCUCGAACCCUCAGAGUCUUUCAAGAUAAAACAGAACCCUUCGUACCCAAGUUCAACGUAAAUUGGCCACGAACACCGACGAAGAUACAAAGAUUGUAGAUCGAUUUUUUGUCUUACCUCUAUAAAUAUAGAGUGGGAAUUGUACUGUGUUGUUUACAUUCUAAAGGUGUUAUUGGAGUGAUGUAAUGAAGGGGCCUAAUUGUGUAUUCUACUCGGGAUGCCUGGGAGAUAAAAGAGCGAGCGAUAAAAGGCCAUUAGGUAUCCCUCUCGCACUUUUCCGGGAUCAUUGCGAAGGGAUUUGAUUUCGCAAUUCACGUCAAGACUUUUGAUUAGGUAGAGAAGGGAUAGAGUUACCUACUUACAGUUGACUGGGGUUUCCAAGGGGCAUUUAUGUCUAAACUUCUAAAGACUUGUAUUGUAUGGAGUUACAUUGAAGAUGAGCUUUAUUGAUAUGCCAUUAAGCUUAAUUUUGUCAUUUCAGCAUUAAAGCCUUAAUUGCCCAAAAUUAAACCAUCGGUCAUGGGCUCAACAUAAGCCCCAAACUUAAUUUAAUGUUGAUCAUUGUCUCGAAUCUUCUCACCCACGGAUGCUUAUAACAAAAUUACUCCCACUGAUUGCGUUGAGCCAUGCAUGAUGCACGAAUUAGGCACCUUUUUAUUUUUUUCCUGUCCAUAAUGCCCUGUUCAUGCGUACAGACUUUUAUCGAGAGAAGCAGAGAACGCACCGGUUGGGUUGAGCGGCCGACCGGUUUCAUUCCUUUGCCUUUGAGACACCACCGCGCGCCGCUGAAAACAAAAUUCGAAAUUCGAAUCAGUCCGCUGCGUGUAUUGUUCGAGGACGGACGAGAGCUUUUGAAUUCAUUUUAUUCAUAAACUUUUUACGAGAGUGUUCACAGUGUUUUCAUAACUGAAUAGUUUGAUAAUGAGAGAAAAUAUCACGGUUCUAUUAAGUUUUGUUAUUGUGACAUUAUGAUGGGAAGGAUUUUGUGUGUUUUUCUCCUGGUCUGGAUGGUCGCUGCUGGCCAGGAAGAAGACAGUGGGAAAUGCGAGAGGAUCAGUCUAUCCCAGUGCCAGGAUCUGGGAUACAACUGGACUGCUAUGCCCAAUUUAGUUGGACAUAGAGAUCAGAAGGAAGCUGAAGAAGCGAUGAGUGCGUUCGCGGGUAUCCUCACAAGCGAAUGCUCGGUGCACGCUCGCUUCCUGCUGUGCUCGGCCUUCGCUCCGCUGUGCUCCGAGCAGGUGUCGGGCUCCGUCAGCGCCUGCAGAGCGCUCUGCGAGAAGGUCGUCGACGACUGCAAGAAAGAGAUCAAAGAACUGCCCAGCACCAUCAAGCUCGACUGCUCUGCAUUCCCUCUCCGUCCAGACAGAAGACUGUGCAUGCGACCACCCAACGCGAUCGAAGAUCCUGAGCCUCACCCGCUUCCCCCCUGGCCCUUUCAGGAACAGGAGCUGAGAGAAUCCGGGUGUCCCCCGGCCCACACCAGGGCACCGACCGGAGAGUGCUGGCCCGCUUGCGGCCAACACGCGCGAUACGCCCAAACGAACAAAAGAACAGUCGAAAUCUGGAUGAUUACGCUCGCCUGGUUCUCUUUACUAUCCACCUUAUUCGCACUAAUAACCUUCUGUGCUGAACCUUCGAGAUACCGAUAUCCGGAAAGACCGGUGGUAUGGAUGGCUGCGUGCCAUGCUAUAGUCGCCCUGGCGCAUGUCACACGAGGCUGGCUGGGAGCGAAGACGGUUUCUUGCGCGGGCAGCACUCUAGCCGUAGACGGAUUAGCGACACCGGCUUGCGUCGCGUUCUUCUCCCUCACCUAUUACUUCACGUUAGCCGCUGAUGCGUGGUUUGCUAACGCGUGUGUAGCCUGGUAUCUGACGGCGGCGAGCGAGUGGUCCACUGAAGCUUUGGAGCGGGCGGCGGCGUAUCUCCAUGCUGUGGCUUGGGGCUGGGCCGGCGCGUGGACUGCAGCAGCUUUAGCGCUUCGACGAGUGACUGCUGACGAGCUGGCUGGAACUUGUGGUAUAUCGGAUGCAGCGGCUGCGGCGCUGAUCGGUGUCCCGAGAGGUGCUCUCCUCAUCACUUCAGUCUCGUUAGCUAUCGGCGCGUGUCCUGGUAUAAUGAGAGUGCGGCGUGCGCUGGAUUCGAGAGGAGCGAAGAGGGUCGGGCGAUUAGCUGCUCGAGCGGCCGCGGGGGGUUUGCUCUACUUGUUUUUAGCGGCGUUAGCGACUGGCGCUCGUGUGAUUGAAGCUAGGAAUAGAGAAGCGCAGACGAACCUAGCGUUGCUGGCUGCUUUGGAAGCGGGGAACAUUGAGGUAACAGCGGGGUCGCGGGGUGUGUCCAUGUGUUUGUGGUUGUCCUGUGGUAUCGCCGCAGGAGCGUGGGCGUGGUCGAAGAAGUCCGCCAUAGUGUGGCGCAAGGCCCUCUGUCCGCCGCGCAAGGCUCCCUGCUGUGCCCCUCCCUUGCUCAGAGCUCAUCACCCCUACUACAAGAGACCUCUGCACGUAUCUAGAGUAUGAUGAAAGUGUCCUUAUGAACUGUGUAUCUGAGUUUUGUGUACUACGUCUCAAAGACUAAUGAGUUAACAUUAAGUGCCUGAAUAUUAUGCCUUCUGUGAAGGCGCUCUCGUAUCUAGUAUGUAGUUGUAAAUUUGUAAAUAUUGUACAUUUAAAUUUUAAUAAUUAUACUGUUGAAUUUUAUAUA